AUGGCCCUGAUCGUCCACCUCAAGACCGUCUCAGAGCUGCGAGGCAGAAGUGACCGGAUCGCCAAAGUGACUUUCCGAGGGCAGUCCUUCUACUCCCGGGUCCUGGAGAACUGUGAGGAUGUGGCCGACUUCGAUGAGACGUUCCGGUGGCCCGUGGCCAGCAGCAUCGACAAAAAUGAGAUGUUGGAGAUCCAGAUUUUCAACUACAGCAAAGUCUUCAGCAACAAACUUAUUGGGACCUUCCGCAUGGUGCUGCAGAAGGUGGUGGAGGAGAAUCGUGUGGAAGUGACGGACACCCUGAUGGAUGACAACAAUGCUAUCCUCAAGACCAGCCUAAGCAUGGAGGUCCGGUAUCAGGCCAUGGAUGGCACAAUGGGCUCCUGGGACGAGGGAGACUUCCUGGGAGACGAAGCUCUUCAGGAGGUGGAAAAGGACAGCCAGGAGACCGAUGGGCUGCUCCCUGGCUCCCGGCCCAGCACCAGAACACCCGGCGAGAAGAGCUUUCGAAGAGCGGGAAGGAGUGUGUUCUCCGCCAUGAAACUUGGCAAGACUCGGUCCCACAAAGAGGAGCCCCAAAGACAAGAUGAGCCAGCAGUGCUGGAGAUGGAAGACCUGGACCACCUAGCCAUUCGGCUGGGGGAUGGGCUGGAUCCUGACUCAGUGUCUCUGGCCUCCGUCACUGCUCUCACCAGCAACGUCUCCAACAAGCGGUCUAAACCAGACAUUAAGAUGGAGCCAAGUGCUGGGAGGCCCAUGGAUUACCAGGUCAGCAUCACGGUAAUCGAGGCUCGGCAGCUAGUGGGCUUGAACAUGGACCCAGUGGUGUGUGUGGAGGUGGGCGAUGAUAAGAAAUACACGUCUAUGAAGGAGUCCACAAACUGCCCCUACUACAAUGAGUAUUUCGUCUUCGACUUCCACGUCUCUCCUGAUGUCAUGUUUGACAAGAUCAUCAAGAUCUCGGUGAUCCAUUCUAAGAAUCUGCUUCGAAGCGGCACCCUGGUGGGCUCCUUCAAAAUGGAUGUGGGGACCGUAUACUCCCAGCCUGAACACCAGUUCCAUCACAAGUGGGCCAUCCUGUCGGACCCCGAUGACAUCUCUGCCGGGCUGAAGGGCUACGUAAAGUGCGAUGUCGCUGUGGUGGGCAAGGGAGACAACAUCAAGACACCUCACAAGGCCAACGAAACAGACGAGGAUGACAUCGAGGGGAACUUGCUGCUCCCGGAAGGUGUGCCCGCAGAACGUCAAUGGGCCCGGUUCUAUGUGAAAAUUUACCGGGCAGAGGGACUGCCCCGGAUGAACACCAGCCUCAUGGCCAACGUGAAGAAGGCUUUCAUUGGGGAGAACAAGGAUCUCGUUGACCCCUACGUGCAAGUCUUCUUUGCUGGCCAGAAGGGCAAAACUUCGGUGCAGAAGAGCAGCUACGAGCCGCUGUGGAAUGAGCAGGUCGUCUUUACAGACCUGUUUCCCCCACUCUGCAAACGCAUGAAGGUGCAGAUCCGAGACUCCGACAAGGUCAAUGACGUGGCCAUUGGCACCCAUUUUAUUGACCUGCGCAAGAUUUCCAACGAUGGAGACAAAGGCUUCCUGCCCACGCUUGGCCCAGCCUGGGUGAACAUGUACGGCUCCACGCGCAACUACACACUGCUGGACGAACACCAGGACCUGAACGAGGGCCUGGGGGAGGGUGUGUCCUUCCGUGCCCGCCUCAUGCUGGGACUGGCUGUGGAGAUCCUGGACACCUCCAACCCAGAGCUCACCAGCUCCACAGAAGUGCAGGUGGAACAGGCCACACCUGUCUCGGAGAGCUGCACAGGAAGAAUGGAAGAAUUUUUCCUAUUUGGAGCCUUCUUGGAAGCCUCAAUGAUUGACCGGAAAAACGGGGACAAGCCGAUUACCUUUGAAGUGACCAUAGGAAACUAUGGCAAUGAAGUCGAUGGCAUGUCGCGGCCCCAGCGGCCUCGGCCCCGGAAGGAGCCUGGGGAUGAAGAAGAAGUAGACUUGAUUCAGAACUCCAGUGAUGAUGAGGGGGAUGAAGGCGGAGACCUGGCCUCAGUGUCUUCCACCCCACCUAUGCGGCCCCAGAUCACAGACAGGAACUACUUUCACCUGCCCUACCUGGAGCGCAAGCCCUGCAUCUACAUCAAGAGUUGGUGGCCUGACCAGAGACGACGCCUCUACAAUGCAAACAUCAUGGACCACAUAGCUGAUAAGCUGGAAGAAGGUUUGAAUGACGUGCAGGAGAUGAUCAAAACGGAGAAGUCCUACCCAGAGCGCCGCCUCCGGGGUGUGCUGGAGGAACUGAGCUGUGGCUGCCAUCGCUUCCUCUCCCUCUCCGACAAGGACCAGGGCCACUCAUCCCGCACCAAGCUGGACCGGGAGCGCCUCAAGUCCUGUAUGAGGGAGCUGGAAAGCAUGGGACAGCAGGCCAAGAGCCUGAGGGCCCAAGUGAAGCGACAUACUGUACGGGACAAGCUGAGGCUAUGCCAGAACUUCCUACAGAAGCUACGCUUCCUGGCAGAUGAGCCCCAGCACAGCAUUCCAGAUGUGUUCAUCUGGAUGAUGAGCAACAACAAGCGCAUUGCCUAUGCCCGGGUGCCCUCCAAAGACCUCCUCUUCUCCAUUGUGGAGGAGGAACUGGGCAAGGACUGCGCCAAAGUCAAGACCCUCUUCCUCAAGCUGCCAGGGAAGAGGGGCUUUGGCUCAGCAGGUUGGACAGUACAGGCCAAGCUGGAGCUCUACCUGUGGCUGGGCCUCAGUAAGCAGCGAAAGGACUUCCUGUGUGGCCUGCCCUGUGGCUUCGAGGAGAUCAAAGCAGCCCAAGGCCUGGGUCUGCACUCCUUUCCGCCAAUCAGCCUGGUCUACACCAAGAAGCAAGUCUUCCAGCUCCGAGCCCACAUGUAUCAGGCCCGAAGCCUCUUUGCUGCCGACAGCAGUGGGCUCUCUGAUCCCUUUGCCCGCGUCUUCUUCAUCAACCAGAGCCAGUGCACGGAGGUUCUGAAUGAGACAUUGUGUCCCACUUGGGACCAGAUGCUGGUGUUUGACAACCUGGAGCUGUACGGUGAAGCUCAUGAGUUACGAGAUGAUCCCCCCAUCAUUGUCAUUGAAAUCUAUGACCAGGACACCAUGGGUAAAGCUGACUUCAUGGGCCGGACCUUCGCCAAGCCCCUGGUGAAGAUGGCAGAUGAGGCAUACUGCCCGCCUCGCUUUCCGCCCCAGCUUGAGUACUACCAGAUCUACCGAGGCAAUGCCACGGCCGGGGACCUCCUGGCUGCCUUUGAGCUGCUACAGAUUGGGCCAUCAGGGAAGGCUGACCUGCCGCCCAUCAAUGGCCCAGUGGACAUGGACAGAGGACCCAUCAUGCCUGUGCCCGUGGGAAUCCGGCCAGUGCUCAGCAAGUAUCGUGUGGAGGUGCUGUUCUGGGGCCUGAGGGACUUGAAAAGGGUGAACCUGGCCCAGGUGGACCGACCACGGGUGGACAUCGAGUGUGCAGGAAAGGGGGUACAAUCAUCCCUGAUCCACAAUUAUAAGAAGAACCCCAAUUUCAAUACCCUGGUCAAGUGGUUUGAAGUGGACCUCCCAGAGAAUGAGCUGCUGCACCCGCCCUUGAACAUCCGAGUGGUGGACUGCCGGGCCUUUGGACGAUACACCCUGGUGGGCUCCCACGCAGUCAGCUCACUGCGGCGCUUCAUCUACCGACCCCCAGACCGCUCAGCCCCCAAUUGGAACACCACAGGGGAGGUUGUAGUGAGCAUGGAACCAGAGGUGCCCGUCAAGAAGCUGGAGACCAUGGUGAAGUUGGAUGCGACUUCCGAUGCUGUGGUCAAGGUGGAUGUGGCUGAGGAGGAGAAGGAAAAGAAGAAGAAGAAAAAGAAAGGCGCGUCAGACGAAGCAGAAGAAGAGGAGCCUGAUGAGAGCAUGCUGGAUUGGUGGUCCAAGUAUUUUGCCUCCAUCGACACAAUGAAGGAGCAACUUCGACAACAUGAGUCCUCUGGAACUGACUUAGAAGAGAAGGAAGAAAUGGAUACCACUGAGGGGUCAGGCCCGAAGGGGCCAAUGAAGAGCAAAGAGAAGUCCAGGGCUUCAAAGGAGGAGAAAAAGAAGAAAAACCAGAGCCCUGGCUCUGUCCAGGGAUCGGAGGCUCCUGAGAAGAAAAAAGUCAAGAUUGAUGAGCUUAAGGUGUACCCCAAGGAGCUGGAGUCAGAGUUUGACAACUUUGAGGACUGGCUGCACACCUUCAACCUACUGCGGGGCAAGACAGGGGACGAUGAAGAUGGCUCCACGGAAGAGGAACGCAUCGUGGGUCGGUUCAAGGGUUCCCUGUGUGUGUACAAAGUGCCACUCCCAGAGGAUGUAGCUCGAGAAGCUGGCUACGACCCCACCUAUGGAAUGUUUCAAGGCAUCCCAAGCAAUGACCCCAUUAACGUGCUGGUUCGAGUCUAUGUGGUCCGGGCCACGGACCUGCACCCGGCUGACAUCAAUGGCAAAGCUGACCCCUACAUCGCCAUCAAGCUAGGCAAGACUGACAUCCGCGACAAGGAGAACUACAUCUCCAAGCAACUCAACCCCAUAUUUGGGAAGUCCUUUGACAUCGAGGCCUCCUUCCCAAUGGAGUCCAUGCUGACAGUGGCCGUGUACGACUGGGAUCUGGUGGGCACUGAUGACCUCAUUGGAGAAACCAAGAUCGACUUGGAAAACCGCUUCUACAGCAAGCACCGCGCCACCUGCGGCAUUGCGCAGACCUACUCCAUACAUGGCUACAAUAUCUGGAGGGACCCCAUGAAGCCCAGCCAGAUCUUAACUCGUCUCUGUAAAGAAGGCAAAGUGGACGGCCCCCACUUUGGUCCCCAUGGGAGAGUGAAGGUCGCCAAUCGUGUCUUCACGGGGCCUUCAGAAAUAGAGGAUGAGAAUGGUCAGAAGAAGCCCACAGAUGAGCACGUGGCUCUGUCUGCUCUGAGACACUGGGAGGACAUUCCCCGAGUGGGUUGCCGCCUUGUACCAGAACACGUGGAGACCAGGCCGCUGCUCAACCCUGACAAGCCCGGCAUUGAGCAGGGUCGCCUGGAGCUGUGGGUGGAUAUGUUCCCCAUGGACAUGCCAGCCCCUGGGACACCUCUAGACAUCUCCCCUAGGAAACCUAAGAAGUACGAGCUACGGGUCAUCGUGUGGAACACAGAUGAGGUGGUCCUAGAAGAUGACGAUUUCUUCACGGGAGAGAAGUCCAGUGACAUUUUUGUGCGGGGGUGGCUGAAGGGCCAGCAGGAGGACAAACAGGACACAGACGUCCACUACCACUCCCUCACUGGUGAGGGCAACUUCAACUGGCGUUACCUGUUCCCCUUUGACUACCUGGCGGCAGAAGAGAAGAUCGUCAUGUCUAAGAAAGAGUCUAUGUUCUCCUGGGAUGAGACGGAGUACAAGAUCCCUGCACGGCUCACCCUGCAGAUAUGGGAUGCUGACCACUUCUCUGCUGACGACUUCCUAGGGGCCAUCGAGCUGGACCUGAACCGGUUCCCAAGGGGUGCUAAGACAGCCAAGCAGUGUACCAUGGAGAUGGCCACAGGGGAGGUGGACGUGCCCCUGGUUUCCAUCUUUAAACAGAAGCGCGUCAAAGGCUGGUGGCCCCUCCUGGCCCGCAAUGAGAAUGAUGAGUUUGAGCUCACGGGCAAAGUGGAGGCGGAGUUACACUUACUGACAGCAGAGGAGGCGGAGAAGAAUCCAGUGGGCCUGGCCCGCAACGAACCUGACCCCCUAGAAAAACCCAAUCGGCCCGACACGAGCUUCAUCUGGUUCUUGAACCCUCUCAAGUCUGCCCGCUACUUCCUGUGGCACACCUACCGCUGGCUGCUCCUCAAGCUCCUGUUGUUCCUCCUCCUCCUGCUGCUGCUCGCCCUGUUUCUCUACUCUCUGCCUGGCUACCUAGCCAAGAAGAUCCUGGGGGCCUGAGCCCUGCAGCCUCCUGUGCCUGCCGGCCUGACACAGCCUUCGUCUGGUUCCUGAACCCGCUCAAGUCUAUAAAGUACCUCAUCUGCACCCGGUACAAGUGGUUGAUCAUCAAGAUCGUGCUGGCGUUGCUGGGGCUGCUCAUGCUUGGCCUUUUCCUCUACAGCCUCCCAGGCUACAUGGUCAAGAAGCUCCUAGGGGCCUGAAGUAUCCCCCGCCCUGCCCCGCCCUGCCCCGCCCCAGCAUCCUCCAGGGGCUGCUGCUUUGCCUUCCCUCACCUGGACUCUUUCCCAACUCUCUGAGGAGCCCUACCUCCGCUGCCAGCCUUGAGCAAGACACCUGCUUGCUGGGCUACCAUCCUCACCCCACACCCAAACUGCUGCUUGCCUGGUCUUGCCCCAGUCCUGCCUGGGGUCUGGAACACAGUUGUAAUCGGUGGCAUCCAAAGGCAGAUACCCCCAUGCCCCACAUUCUAUGAUAACGCUCUCCUUGGUCCAGCUCCCAGAGUGGCAGGGACCCAACCCUCCCUUGAACAUUACAGAUCUUUGGUUAAGGCGCCAGUGAAAUCAACCAAGGAACAUGGGGCAGUGCUGAAAGCUUCGAUAAGCAGGAACCAGUGGGAAGCACCAGAAAGGCCACCAGAAGCCACACAACAGAGUAGCCGGAACAAGGCCACAGGAGCCAGCUGCUUCUGCGCAUGCUCUCCUCUUGGUUCCUCCUCCUUCCCUCAACUCUGCACGGCAGCUUCGGUUUAACAUCACUUCCCUGGGCUUCCUCUGCCUAGGCCAGUGUGUG